GAAGGAAGACUUUCGCUAUGAAUGUUGAGGAGGGGGUUACAGAGGUGAAAACGACUAAGGGGGCAUUACAAGAAGAGAUAAUGAACGGUCUUUACGCGGAGCUGAGGGUUUUGAAUGGAGAGAAAGAGACGCUGAUGAACCGCUCGGAGGAAAUCGUGGACAAAGUAUUUAAGUCGAAGAGGGAGGAGGAGAAUUUGGCGAAGAAAGUGAAAGGUGGUGUUGCUAAGAUUGAGAGGUUAAGGGAGGGAAGGAGGAGUUUGGAGAAUGAAUAUAACGAAAUAUGGGAGAGGAUUGGCGAAAUUGAAGAUUUGAGUGAGAGGAAAGAAACUAUGGCAUUGAGCAUUGGUGUGAGGGAGCUUUUGUUUAUCGAGAGAGAGUGUGAGGCGUUGGCCGAGAGCUUCCUUAAGGAAAUGAAAAGGAUCAAGACUGAAAGUACCCCACAAUCCCCUCUUACCAAGCUCUCAAAAGGCGAGCUUCAGAAAGAACUGCAGGAUGCAAAUAGGAAAUUUCAGGAGCAAGUAAUCUUACCGAGGGUCCUGGUAAGUGAGGAUACGGAUUCGCAAUCCGUUGAAGAUUCAACUGCUUUUGCACAUAGGAUACAACAAAGACUUCGAGAUUCAAGAGAGUUGCAAAAGAACAUGGAGGCUGACAUCAGAAAAACUAUGAAGAAGUAUGGUGAGGAAAGACGUUUUGUCGAAAUCACACCACCAGAUGAAGUUGUAAAGGGUUAUCCUGAUAUUGAGCUGAAGUGGAUGUUUGGGAAGAAGGAAGUAGUAGUCCCGAAAGCUGUGAGCCGCAAUUUAUUUAGUGGCUGGAAGAAAUGGCGAGAGGAUGCCAAGAUGGACUUCAAAAGAAGUUUACUGGAAGAUCCUGAUCUAGGUAAAAAGUACGUGGCUGAAAGACAGGAACGCAUUCUUCGGGAUCGGGAUAGAGUGGCAUCAAGGACUUGGUAUAAUGAGCAAAGGAAUAGAUGGGAGUUGGAUCCGAUAGCUGUUCCCUACGCUGUAUCCAAUAAACUUGUGGAAAAUGCUCGAAUUAGGCAUGAUUGGGCUGCCAUGUACAUCAGGCUUAAGGGGAGUGACAAGGAAUAUUAUGUGGAUGUCAAAGAAUUUGAGAUGUUGUUUGAAGAUUUUGGGGGUUUUGAUGCAUUGUAUUUGAGAAUGAUUGCGGCUGGUAUCCCAACUGCAGUUCAGCUGAUGUGGAUCCCCUUUUCAGAAUUGAAUUUCAGUCAGCAGUUUCUCGUUACGGUGACAUUAUGUCGUCGAUUAUUUACUGGAUUUUGGAGAAAUUCUUUGGUUUCGAAGGCAAAGAACUGGACCCUCUUAAGAAUAAGGAACACUAAUGAUGACAUAAUGAUGAUGAUUGUUUUCCCUGUUGUGGAGUUUCUUAUCCCUUAUCAGGUUAGGAUGAGUUUGGGCAUGGCUUGGCCAGAGUAUUCUGACGUAUCUGUCGGCUCAACUUGGUAUUUGAAGUGGCAGUCCGAGGCUGAAACUAAUUUUAUAAAACGAAAAAGGGAUGGGUUUCAGUGGUAUUUUUGGUUUGGGGUGAGAACCGGCAUAUAUGGAUAUGUGCUAUAUCAUGUAUUCCGGUUUAUGAAGAGAAAAGUUCCAAGAGCUCUUGGUUUUGGGCCUUUAAGAAGAGAUCCCAACUUCAGGAAGUUGCGUAGAGUGAAAUAUUAUUUUAGAUAUCGAAUUAGGAAAAUUAAGCGUAAGAAAAAGGAUGGCGUUGAUCCAAUAAGCACUGCUUUUGAUAAUAUGAAGAGGAUAAAAAAUCCUCCCAUACGGUUGAAAGACUUUGCCAGUGUUGAAUCUAUGAGGGAAGAAAUUAAUGAAGUUGUGGCAUUUCUGCAAAAUCCUAACGCAUUCAAAGAGAUGGGAGCUCGUGCACCUCGGGGUGUUCUCAUUGUUGGCGAGAGAGGAACAGGUAAAACAUCCCUAGCAAUGGCUAUAGCAGCUGAAGCAAAGGUUCCUUUAGUUGAAGUGAAAGCACAACAGCUGGAAGCUGGUCUCUGGGUGGGCCAAAGUGCGUCAAAUGUUAGAGAAUUGUUUCAAACAGCACGAGAUCUGGCUCCUGUCAUUAUAUUUGUGGAGGAUUUUGACCUCUUUGCUGGUGUCCGUGGCAAGUUCAUUCACACCAAAAAGCAGGAUCAUGAGUCUUUCAUCAAUCAACUUCUGGUGGAACUUGAUGGGUUUGAGAAACAAGAGGGGGUGGUUUUGAUGGCUACUAGUCGAAAUCUUAAACAAAUUGAUGAGGCUUUGCAGCGUCCUGGUAGAAUGGAUAGAAUAUUUCAUCUUCAACGGCCAACUCAAACAGAAAGAGAGAAAAUCCUACGUAAUUCUGCAAAAGAAACAAUGGACGAGAAUCUUAUUGACUUUGUCGAUUGGAGAAAGGUUGCUGAAAAAACAUCUCUUCUUCGUCCUAUAGAACUGAAACUUGUCCCCUUGUCUUUAGAAGGUAGUGCCUUCAGAAGAAAGUUUGUUGACAUGGAUGAACUUAUGAGCUAUUGCAGUUGGUUUGCAACUUUCAGUGACUUAGUCCCCAGUUGGGUGAGGAAAACCAAAACUUCGAAGCAGAUAAGCAAGAUGCUGGUGAAUCAUCUUGGCCUGACAUUGACGAAAGAGGAUUUGCAGGAUGUUGUUGACCUAAUGGAACCAUAUGGUCAAAUAAUGAACGGCGGCAUAGAACUACUGAGUCCACCUAUUGACUGGACUAGGGAAACAAAAUUUCCCCAUGCUGUUUGGGCUGCUGGUCGUAGUCUCAUGGCUCUUCUGUUACCAAAUUUCGAUGCUGUUGAUAAUCUAUGGCUUGAAUCUUCUUCGUGGGAGGGAAUUGGAUGCACCAAGAUCACCAAGACUAGGAGUGAAGAUUCCGUUAAUGGGAAUGUUGAGACGAGAGCAUAUCUCGAAAAGAAGAUUGUGUUCUGCUUUGGGUCUUACGUUGCCUCACAACUACUGCUUCCGUUUGGGGAAGAAAACAUUCUUUCGUCUUCAGAGUUGAAGGAAGCACAAGAGAUAGCUACUAGGAUGGUUAUUCAGUAUGGGUGGGGUCCGGAUGACAGUCCAACAAUUUACCACCACGGAAAUGCGGUGACAGCUAUGAGUAUGGGAGACAACUUCGAAUACGAGAUGGCUGCUAAAGUUGAAAAAAUAUACAACCUGGCAUAUGACAAGGCAAAAGUUGUGCUUCAGAAAAAUUAUCUUGUCCUGGAGAAAAUUGUGGAGGAACUGCUCGAGUAUGAAAUUUUGACAGGAAAGGAUUUAGAAAGAAUUGUUGCAGAGAAUGGCGGGAUUCGAGAAAAAGAACCAUUUUUCCUGUCGAGUACCAGUUAUGAAGAGGCUGCUGCCACCUUUGGAAGCUCGCUUGACGGAAAUGCACCAGUAAUUGCUCUUCUAAGCACAACAAAUUAGGACAUCUUCGACCUGGUCGGGCAGUUCAGUUAUGGAGGAUGGCUUGAGUUUUAAAAGCUAUGUACGAGGCAAAUGAUUUAUGAAAGUUAAAUUUGGGUUUUGUUGGCUUGAAGAAGAGGUUUCCAGAAUUUUGCUUGUCGACAUACAUUCAACAAGAGGUACCGCUACAAUUUAUAAUAGGUGAAAGAGAGAGUAGAUAUCUUAUUUUAGCUUUUUGUGAAGUUAAAUAAAUUAUAAUGUACACACACUACGCCGGAAGUAUGUAUCAACGGAUCGUAUUUCUCAUGGUUUAAAGAAGCAGUUUUUGGUACUGUAUCUGCACAAGCAA